ACUCCCCACGAUGUCCUACAAGGCAAGAAGCAACAACGGCCCUUCGCAUUGCUGCCUGACCAGUUCUUUCUGGAUAAUACAAGUACCUUACUUCCCGAUCUAGAGUAAACGCCUUCCUCCCAAUCUUCCCCGCGUAUGCACUUUCCAUGACCAUCGACGCAAAAAUCACAGUUACACUCGGCGCAUCAGUCUUCGCCUAUUACUUGUAUUCGGUCUGGACGACAUUAGGGAAAAUGGCCACAACUACUGGCAGUUCUGGGGGCGGCCAAUAUGAGCCCAGUGUCGUUGAUGUCAUCGUUGUCAAGGCCAUGUUGACCAAGGCUCUCAGUUUCCCUCCUGAAAUCAUCGACAGAAUCGUUGACCUUGCCGAGUACUGGCCACACACUACCACCGAACUCAAUAGCACCACCGUUAUUGCCCGGGGGAACAACCAGUUUCACAGGCCAAGCGAUAAGUCGUUGGAAAAUAUGUUCCUACUCCGCUCCACUCCUCUUGGGUUGCAUAACUGGAAGCGCGUCUCCAGCGCCGCCAAUGAUAUACCGAUCGAAAGAACGCCGCUUAAACCUCAACCGCCGGGGGAAGAGUUUUCGGCCGAUGACUUCCAGCAGCUUAUCGCAUCUCCCGUAUCAAUACUCGCGCAGCCCUGCCGUCGCAUCGUCUUCACCAUCCGUAGCCGUGACCAAGGCUUUAGCGGCGUCCGUGAAGACCACGGCACAUAUAACGGUUCAUGGACAUGGUUUGAGGUCGGAUUGGAACGCUGGUGCAAAACCAGCCCCGCCCAAACAAGUUCGCCGGAACAGCCUGAGCGAACCGAACAGCAGUCCCCGCAACCAUCCCUGAAGCUGGAUGACCUGUGCACCGUGAUUCCAGAGGUGGGGUGGGAAGGAGAGGUUCAAAACGCCUACAUCUUCAAGCACAACCUUCAUCCGUCUGAGGACCUCAAAGUUCAGUGCAAUGUGACGGCCGAGAAAGAAGUUGUGGAGCACCGCGUGGUUUGGAGUCACACGGACGAUGUCGACCCAGAGCGUGAUGUUGAAGCUGCCACCAAACUCACAAGACAAGGCCGAGGAAAGGCUACGGGGAACGGCAAAUUUGUCCGUGACCUCAAGUUGGGCGACGUCGUCACGCUCUGGUCCAAAGCGAGGUUUCCCUCCUGGGCCAACUUCGUCGAAUCGGCGAAGAUCGAUGUGUAUUAUGCGAUUUGAAACCUCCCUAGCAUCGGCGUUCGGAGAAGCGCGAGAUACAUUCGUAACCUAAGACAUAGAUUCGUCAACAUCUUUUGGGGAAUUGUGGUGCCACGGUGAGACAUACAUGCGUGGAUCAGCCGUGUAGGACGAGAUCGUGACGAGACACAGUG